AUGGAGAAUCUAGCAGUUAAAAAUUUAGUAAAUGCUGUUUCUGAAUUCCUAGACAACAGACAAGAGAGCAGGUACAGGCCCAUGGACAUAUUGUCAUUGAGUAUCAACUGCAUAUCCCACAAGAAGGAGUCCAUUUCCCAGUUCAAAGUGAUAUUGUCCAAAAAAUUUGAGGAAGAGCUGGACAUAAUCCAGAAAAGGCUUGAUGUGUACAAAAACCUUACCUUCAACAUUGAUAGCACAUCGGAUUUUGUUAAUAUGAUUUCACAGGUCUAUCAAUCAUCCGAGAACCCUGCCGUUAAUUUAGUUGAUGAUGCUGUUUGUCUUCAUGGCACCUGUCUUUUAAGCAUAAAGAGUGUUAAGGCCUUCAGAAACAUCAUAGAAUCUAAUAUAAAAGAAAUGAAGCUUCUCUCCAACUGUCUUUUGCCUUUGACAGACAAAGUAUAUUUUCUGGAUCAGAAAAUUGAUUAUUUUGAGUAUAUUUUUAAGAAAAUGCUAUUUAAGGUGUUGAAAAGAAACUUAGAAGCUGUAAAGCUACUGUUCAAAUACUGUCUACUGAUCUGUAAAAGAGUCUCUGAUGUGCCUUUGAUAGAGCCUUUUUUAGAUGAUCUAAAAUAUUUAUUUAAUAUUUUAAAGAAAUUUGGAAUCAAAAAGAAUAUUUUGAAGAGUUCAAAGCCAUUAUUGAUUGAGCAGGAUAUUUCUCUUCUUUCCAGUAAUAGAAACGAUUUUAAUAUGGUUUCAAACUAUUUUGAAUCCCAAAAAUGUGUGUUCUCUGUAAAAUUUGCAAAAAGAAUUGAAAAAGGUGUGCUUUAUACUUUAUAUUCUGAUAUGAGCGAUGCCUUAAUAGCUAAAAACUUAAAAUGUCUGGACAGAUGCCGUUCAAUAUACUCAAUAUUUCAAAAAGCAGGAUUAAAGAGUAAGCUUAUGAAUGCCUUUUCCCUACUCUUACCCCAGAGAUUAAGCGCCAAAUUAUUUACUAGCCUAGUUGACCUGUUUAAGUUAAUCGAGGACAUUUUAGAAAAUUUUAACGAUAAAAGCUUUGAAGAUUGCUAUUUGACAUACUUUGUACACAUUCUGGAAUCACUUCCCAAUUGUGCAGAGAUUGCUGACUAUGUUGAUGACGUUAUGAAAAGCAAUAUUUCUAAUGUAGUAAAUGACAAGGUUUCUGAUUUGAUCAUUGAUAUUACAGGAAAAUCCGGAAACCCAGAAACUUUUUUGGCUGAACUACAGAAAAGGCUUGCAAUUAGAUUGCUAGGUUAUAGACGUGGAAUUAUAAACAGCACAUCACCAACAAACAUCGCACAGGCUUUUAUUGAGAGAGAGCUGGUGUUUUUAAGGAAAUUCAAAAAAAUGCACUCAGAAAACAUGACAAAGAUGAUAGGCGAUGUGCAAGCGUUCAUAAAUCAGAAAAGUGCAAAUGCCCACAGCUUUCUACUCAUGACUAUGUGUAAAUGGCCUAUGUUUAAAAUUGAGGAUGUUAACAUUUCCCCAGACUGCCCAAUUUCAAAGUAUAAAUCCGAUGUUUUUGAUAUGUUGAAAGCUGAUAGAAAAACAGUAAGUUGGGUUGACACACUGUCCACAGUUUCAAUCUCUAUAUUCGAUAAAGUCAUAACGCUAUCGCUUUUUCAAUAUUCUAUCAUAUUGAAGUUGAUUGAAAAUGGAUCUAAAAUAGACAGUGCAGUGUAUGAUCAAAUUUUUAAUAUGAAGCCCAAAUUCUGUACAUAUUACUUAAAAGAAGGUGAUUUUUUUGUUUCCAAGACAUACAAGCCACAGAUUGACUAUCUUCUUGAUGAUCUUAUUGUUAUGCAAAAUGAUCUAUACAUUUUAAAUCCAUUUUUUACGAAAUUAAACUAUACUGGAUUUGAACCUGAGUUCCAGUCGCCAAUCUCGAUAGAAAACGACGAUGCUUCAUACAAUCACCAGGCAUACAAUGAAGCAAGGAUUGCAAGACUCUUGAAAAGACACAAAAGCAGCAGUUUGACUGAUUUAUUAUCAAAUAUUGAUGAUGUCACAGAAGACGAUCUUAGAAAGGCUCUUGCAAGGCUUCAAGAGAAAGAAGUAGUGGAAGUUGUAGGUCAGAAUGUCAAGUAUUGUCCAUGA